GUCAGCCCUUCAGACUGGACCCUAAGUCAGCCCACAGGAAGCUGAGGGUUUCCCACGACAACCUGACAGUGGAGCGUGAGGAGACAUCGUCCAAGAAGAGCCACGCGCAAGACCGCUUUUCCAGCCAAGGCAACUACGGUGUCUCCGGAAACGUGUACAUCGACAGCGGACGGCACUACUGGGAGGCCCUGAUUGGUGGGAGCACAUGGUAUGCAGUGGGAAUCGCCUACAAAUCAGCUCCGAAGCACGAGUGGGUCGGCAAGAACUCGUCCUCCUGGGUCCUGUGCCGCUGUAAUAACUCCUGGCUGGUGCGGCACAACGGGAAGGAGGCGGUGGUGGAGCCCUCGCCACACCUGCGGCGCGUGGGCGUGCUGCUGGACUACGACGGAGGCUCACUGGCCUUCCACGACGCCGUCAGCUCGCAGCACCUCUACACCUUUGACAUCGCCUUUGCCCAGCCCGUCUGCCCUGUCUUUAGCGUCUGGAACAAGUGCCUGACCGUGCUGAGUGGGCUGCCCAUCCCCGAUCACCUGGAGAACGUGGAUCUGGACAAUUAGGGGACACCCAGGGACAGGAGAAUUCCACGAGCAGUCGGGCCGUCUCGACUCAUCCGGGCAGAUUUGUGUUCCUGUGCUGUGUGAAUUUUAAACAGAAGCCAUGGUUUAAAGUAUUUUUACUUUAGCUUAUACUGGUAAAUAGCUAUAAAUUAUUUAUGGGGAAAAACAGAUUAGAAAUAUUGUAAAUUUCUUCCUGCUUUGCACAUUCUUUACUGUGAUAUUUAUAUGUAGAGGACUUUGGGCUGAUGAAUGGUAUACAGUAUAGAGAAGAUUAUGUUCGUGCAAUCCUGUAGAUUUUACCUGGAGAGGUAACCAGCACUGUCACUGGGCUCACGUUGCUCCCAGAUAGCAGGAGAGGAGCUAAAAACGAAAUGACUCUGAUGUACAACCGGGAAGCAAAGCGAAAGGUCGGCUUCCUGUGGCGUGUGGAAUGGAGGUCUCCUCAUCUCAUCUCAUCUCAUCUCAUCUCAUCUCAAUCUUCUCCUAGUCUGAGGAGGUGCAGUCCUCUCAUCUCCUCCUCUCCUGGUCUGUGGAAGUACGAUCCUUUCAUCUCCUCCUCUCCUGGUCUGAGGAAGUACGAUCCUUUCAUCUCCUCCUCUCCUGGUCUGAGGAAGUACGAUCCUUUCAUCUCCUCCUCUCCUGGUC